CUUUCUGCAGCCGGAGGAAAUUGCAAAUUGUGUUGGUUAACGACUUUGGUUGGUUUCGGACAGGAAACAACAAAUGUUACACCGUGUUUAGAGAGAUACAAGAUACGAUUGUAAAUCGGAAGCGCUGUUAUUGUUUUGGAAAAAUAGUUAAGAAAUCUUCAGCCAGGCUAUGUACUGCCAGGAGAUGCUGCUGUUGGCCAGUUUGCUGCUGUUGCUCGGUGGUCUGCCGCAUUUGACCUCCACAACAACGACGACAACCCUUGUAGCGGCGAUGACCAUUGCCAAUCAGGAUCUGGAGCGAUACUUUCGGCCAGUCAAUGCGACGCACUCCCCUGAGGAGCGCAUUCCCGUCGACGUCUAUAACUUUGCCUUCCUCAAUUGGUCCUACGUGGACGAGAAUACCAUUUGCGAGAGUGAAUUCUCGGAGGAAAAGGCCCGCUACGGUGAGGGGAAAGUGCUCAAUGUGACAGGUCGCCUGAUCCACAUAAGUACCGCAGAUGACGAUAGCGACGAUUUCGCCUGUACACCCUAUAUACGGGGCACUCGAGGCACGCCCCUGCCCGAGAAGGGCGUACCGUGGAUAGCGCUAGUGCGACGUGGACGUUGCACAUUUGAGGAUAAGGUGAAGCAUGUAUAUCACUACAAUGCCGCCGGUGUGAUCAUCUACAAUGAUAAGCAGGUCAUGCAGCUGGAGAAGAUGCAGAUCAAAGUCAAGACUCGCAAUAUUGCCGCCGUGAUAACCUAUCAAUCAAUUGGAAUCGAUCUGGCAAGUACUGUCGACAAAGGCCACAAUGUAACCAUUUCUAUCAUCGAAGGACGUCGGGGCGUUCGAACAGUUAGCAACUUAAACCGAACCUCAGUGUUGUUUGUUUCCAUAUCAUUUAUUGUGCUGAUGAUAAUAUCGUUGGUUUGGCUAAUGUUCUACUACAUACAAAGAUUCCGUUACAUGCAGGCAAAGGAUCAGCAAUCGCGCAAUCUUUGUUCCGUCACUAAGAAGGCCAUUAUGAAAAUACCAACGAAAACGGGUAAAAUGACAGAUGAAAAGGACAUGGACAGUGACUGCUGUGCCAUAUGCAUAGAAUCGUACAAGCCUGCGGAUAUCAUACGAAUUCUGCCCUGCAAGCACGAGUUCCACAAGAAUUGCAUUGAUCCGUGGCUGAUCGAGCAUCGCACCUGUCCAAUGUGUAAACUUGAUGUACUCAAGUUCUAUGGUUAUGUGUUUCUGGGCAGUGAGGAGAGCAUACUCGAAUAUGAGCCAGAUCGAAAUGCACGUGGUUCGAAUCCCAGCGGUCAAGCGGCGAUCAGUUUAGCACAGAACUCUGUCCAGGUCCAGGCACCUGGUCCAUCCAGCGCCUUGGCCGAUCUCAUUCGCAGCCGCGACUUUGUGAUAGAUUUUCCCCGCGUCUACGUUCUCAACAGUGGCAGCGUGGUCGGCGCCCGAGAGACGCUCUUUCCGGUACGAUUGCCUGAGCGUUCCCAGAGCUCGUUAUCCCUGAGAUCGCAAGCCCGCGACUGGAUGAGUCAGAUGAGCAACAAGCUGGAGGAGCAGCAAGGAUUGCGACGUGUGCGCAAGGAUGAAAUGCAGCAGCAACUGUUGAGUGCUAGAGAUUCACAGCGACAACGUCGCUCCCGCUCCGCCGAUGGGCGCUAUGCCACAGGUUGCUUCGGUCGCCAGCGAACACCAUCGUUACAGCAGGCCCAAGGACUGGAGCAAAUGCGACGCACUAGCUCGACCCACACGUUGCAACAACUGACAGAUGCCCCAUAUGCCCAGACCCGUCAGAGGCAAAGGGAAACCUUCGACUUUGCGCGCACUCGUCGUCUCUUUAUGAGACGAGAGAGCGAUGAGAUAUCCUUGCAGUCAAUGCCUAGACGUGUCACCACUGGAGUUGGUCUUCCAAGGCCAUCAGCUCCUCCUCUGCCUAUUUCAACCAAUCCUCAGCGGGAGCAUCGAGACGCUGAAGGUGGCGAAUACAUCACCAUUCAGGUGAAUGGGGAAGGUGUGGAUCUCAAUGAAUAAAGUGAUAUGAAUAGGAUUACAAAUAAUUAUCUGUAUAGUUACGAGAAUGUAUAUUUAAUGUAAAAGUAUAUCUGUAUGUAAAUAAAGUGACAAUGGAGGUGGAAGGACGUAGAAGAUGGAACAUAAUGAGUAA